GCCCCCUGCGCCACCCCGGUGCCCCGCCCCGGGCGGGGAGAGUCGGGGCGAGGGGAGGGCCUGCCAGGUGAGGCGCGGUCACCCUGGGCCUCUCAUUUCCGCCCAGGUGAGGCAGGGCAGACACCGAGCCCGCCCGACCCGGGCUCCCACCUGCUCCUCCAGCGCACCAGACGGAGUUUCUGUUGCCCAUGCUGGAGCGCAGUGGCGUGAUCUCGGCUCACCGCAAUCUCUGCCUCCUGGGUUCAAGCGAUUCUCCUGCCUCAGCCUCCCAAGUAGCUGGGAUUACAGGCACCUGCCACCACACCAAGCUAAUUUUUGUAUUUUUAGUAGAGACGGGGUUUCUCCAUGUUGGUCUCAAACUCCUGACCUCAGGUGAUCCACCCACCUCGGCCUUCCAAACUGCUGGGAUUGCAGGCGUGAGCCGCCGCACCUGGCCACCAAGUUUUUUAUUACUAAAUGUGUCUUUAAGAGUGAUUGAAGAGAAUAAUUCAAAAUGCCUGAAAAUCCUGCUACAGAUAAACUGCAGGUCCUGCAGGUACUUGAUCGCCUGAAAAUGAAAUUGCAGGAGAAGGGUGACACGUCGCAGAAUGAGAAGUUAUCUAUGUUUUAUGAGACACUAAAGAGUCCUCUCUUCAACCAGAUACUCACACUUCAGCAGUCCAUCAAGCAACUGAAGGGUCAACUCAACCAUAUACCCUCAGAUUGUUCAGCCAACUUUGAUUUUUCUAGGAAAGGUUUGUUAGUGUUCACAGAUGGUUCCAUUACUAAUGGAAAUGUCCACAGGCCCUCUAAUAACUCGACUGUAUCUGGGUUAUUUCCGUGGACCCCGAAGUUGGGAAAUGAAGACUUUAACUCAGUCAUUCAACAGAUGGCUCAGGGCCGGCAAAUUGAAUAUAUAGAUAUAGAACGGCCUUCAACUGGAGGCCUUGGAUUCAGUGUGGUGGCCCUCAGAAGUCAAAAUCUGGGAAAAGUUGAUAUCUUCGUGAAGGAUGUCCAGCCAGGGAGUGUAGCAGACAGGGAUCAAAGAUUAAAGGAAAAUGAUCAAAUAUUGGCCAUUAAUCACACGCCAUUGGAUCAGAACAUUUCCCAUCAGCAAGCAAUUGCAUUAUUACAACAAACCACUGGAUCUUUGCGACUGAUUGUGGCCAGGGAACCAGUCCACACAAAAAGCAGUACUUCUAGCAGCCUAACUGAUACAACUCUGCCUGAAACAGUUUGUUGGGGCCAUGUUGAAGAGGUUGAGCUCAUUAAUGAUGGCUCUGGACUAGGUUUUGGAAUAGUUGGAGGAAAAACAAGUGGCGUGGUUGUGAGGACUAUAGUUCCUGGAGGAUUAGCAGAUCGAGAUGGAAGACUCCAGACAGGGGACCACAUCUUGAAGAUUGGUGGCACAAACGUGCAGGGAAUGACCAGUGAGCAAGUUGCACAAGUUCUAAGGAACUGUGGGAAUUCAGUCAGGAUGCUCGUUGCUAGAGAUCCAGCUGGUGACAUUUCAGUCACCCCUCCUGCCCCUGCAGCCUUACCUGUUGCCCUGCCUACUGUAGCCAGCAAGGGCCCUGGUUCUGACAGUUCUCUUUUUGAAACUUACAAUGUUGAGCUCGUGAGAAAAGAUGGGCAGAGUCUUGGAAUUAGAAUUGUUGGCUAUGUUGGAACAUCUCAUACAGGGGAAGCUUCAGGGAUUUAUGUGAAAAGUGUAAUACCUGGCAGUGCUGCGUACCACAAUGGCCACAUUCAAGUGAAUGACAAAAUAGUUGCUGUCGAUGGCGUGAACAUUCAGGGUUUUGCCAACCAUGAUGUUGUUGAAGUAUUACGAAAUGCAGGGCAGGUGGUACACCUAACCCUAGUUCGAAGGAAGACAUCCUCAUCUACUUCUCCACUUGAACCACCUUCAGACAGAGGAACUGUUGUAGAACCACUGAAACCACCAGCUCUCUUUCUAACUGGAGCAGUGGAAACUGAAACUAAUGUGGAUGGUGAAGAUGAGGAAAUUAAAGAAAGAAUGGAUACUUUAAAAAAUGACAACAUACAAGCCUUAGAAAAAUUGGAAAAAGUCCCAGACUCUCCAGAAAAUGAGCUGAAAUCCAGAUGGGAAAACCUGUUGGGUCCUGACUAUGAAGUAAUGGUUGCUACUUUGGACACACAGAUUGCAGAUGAUGCUGAGUUACAGAAAUAUUCAAAGCUGCUGCCUAUUCACACUCUGAGGCUUGGUGUGGAAGUGGAUUCCUUUGAUGGGCACCAUUAUAUUUCUUCAAUUGUUUCUGGUGGUCCUGUUGAUACAUUGGGUCUACUACAGCCAGAAGAUGAGCUGCUUGAGGUCAAUGGCAUGCAGCUUUAUGGAAAAUCUCGCCGAGAAGCAGUCUCCUUUCUCAAAGAAGUGCCACCCCCUUUUACUUUGGUUUGCUGUCGGAGGUUGUUUGAUGAUGAGGCUUCUGUAGAUGAACCAAGGCGCACUGAAACCUCUCUUCCUGUGACAGAGGUUGACCACAAUAUGGAUGUCAAUACUGAAGAAGAUGAUGAUGGGGAAUUAGCACUGUGGUCCCCUGAAGUCAAGAUUGUUGAACUAGUAAAAGAUUGUAAAGGUUUGGGAUUCAGCAUUUUGGAUUACCAGGACCCUUUAGAUCCUACAAGAUCAGUGAUUGUGAUCCGCUCCCUGGUAGCAGAUGGUGUAGCAGAAAGAAGUGGGGGACUAUUACCUGGAGACCGCCUGGUCUCAGUCAAUGAAUACUGUUUGGACAACACCUCACUUGCUGAAGCUGUGGAAAUAUUGAAAGCUGUGCCACCAGGCCUAGUACACCUUGGCAUCUGUAAGCCUUUGGUGGAAGAUAAUAAAGAAGAAGAAAGUUGUUAUAUUUUACAUUCAAGCAGUAAUGAAGACGAGACUGAAUUUUCAGGAACAAUUCAUGACAUAAAUUCAUCUUUAAUACUCGAAGCACCCAAGGGAUUUAGAGAUGAACCAUAUUUUAAAGAAGAACUUGUGGAUGAACCAUUUCUAGAUCUGGGAAAGUCUUUCCAUUCCCAACAAAAAGAGAUAGAGCAAAGCAAGGAGGCCUGGGAGAUGCAUGAAUUUCUGACUCCUAGAUUGCAGGAAAUGGAUGAAGAAAGAGAAAUGCUUGUUGAUGAAGAAUAUGAGUUAUAUCAAGAUCCCUCACCAUCCAUGGAGUUGUAUCCCUUGUCGCACAUUCAAGAGGCCACUCCUGUGCCCUCUGUGAAUGAACUUCACUUUGGUACACAGUGGUUGCAUGAUAAUGAACCAUCCGAGUCUCAAGAGGCAAGAACCGGGAGGACUGUCUAUUCCCAGGAGGCACAGCCGUAUGGCUAUUGCCCUGAAAAUGUGAUGAAAGAAAAUUUUGUCAUGGAGUCCCUACCAUCUGUACCAUCAACUGAAGGAAAUAGUCAACAAGGCAGAUUUGACGACCUGGAAAAUCUUAGUUCAUUAGCAAAAACUAGUCUGGAUUUAGGCAUGAUCCCGAAUGAUGUCCAAGGUCCUAGCUUGCUCAUUGACCUUCCUGUUGUGGCUCAAAGUAGGGAGCAAGAAGAUUUGCCUUUAUAUCAACACCAAGCGACGCGAGUUAUUUCCAAGGCCUCAGCAUACACAGGAAUGUUGUCUUCUAGAUAUGCCACUGAUACAUGUGAGUUACCUGAGAGAGAAGAAGGCGAAGGAGAAGAAACUCCAAAUUUUAGCCACUGGGGUCCACCGAGAAUUGUUGAGAUUUUUAGAGAACCCAAUGUGUCUCUUGGGAUCAGUAUUGUUGGUGGACAAACUGUUAUAAAACGUCUAAAGAAUGGAGAGGAGCUUAAAGGUAUAUUCAUCAAACAAGUUUUAGAAGACAGUCCAGCAGGGAAGACGAACGCACUUAAAACUGGAGAUAAAAUACUUGCGGUGUCUGGAGUAGAUUUGCAGAAUGCCUCACACAGCGAAGCAGUUGAGGCCAUUAAGAAUGCAGGAAACCCUGUGGUGUUCGUUGUUCAGAGUUUGUCAUCCACUCCACGAGUCAUUCCUAAUGUACAUAACAAGGCCAACAAAAUCACCAGUAACCAGAACCAGGACACCCAAGAAAAGAAAGAAAAGAGGCAAGGAACUGCUCCACCGCCAAUGAAACUUCCUCCUCCUUAUAAAGCUCUGACUGAUGACAGUGAUGAAAAUGAAGAAGAUGCCUUUACCGACCAAAAAAUCAGACAAAGAUACGCAGAUCUGCCUGGAGAACUGCACAUUAUUGAACUUGAAAAAGAUAAGAAUGGACUUGGACUCAGCCUUGCUGGUAAUAAAGACCGAUCACGCAUGAGCAUAUUUGUGGUGGGAAUUAACCCGGAAGGACCUGCUGCCACAGAUGGACGAAUGCAUAUUGGAGAUGAACUCUUAGAGAUAAACAAUCAGAUUCUGUAUGGAAGAAGUCACCAAUAUGCAUCUGCCAUUAUUAAGACUGCCCCAUCAAAGGUCAAGCUGGUUUUCAUCAGAAACGAGGAUGCAGUCAAUCAGAUGGCCGUUACUCCUUUUCCAGUGCCAUCAAGUUCUCCAUCUUCUAUUGAGGAUCAGAGCAGCACCGAACCUAUUAGUAGUGAGGAAGAUGGCAGCCUCGAAGUUGGUAUUAAACAAUUGCCUGAAAGUGAAAGCUUCAAACUGGCUGUCAGCCAGAUGAAACAGCAAAAAUAUCCAACAAAAGUCUCCUUCAGUUCACAAGAGAUACCAUUAGCACCAGCUUCAUCAUACCAUUCAACAGAUGCAGACUUCACAGGCUAUGGUGGUUUCCAGGCUCCUCUGUCAGUGGACCCCGCAACGUGUCCCAUUGUCCCUGGACAGGAAAUGAUUAUAGAAAUAUCCAAGGGACGUUCAGGGCUUGGUCUCAGCAUUGUGGGAGGAAAAGACACACCCUUGAAUGCUAUAGUUAUCCAUGAAGUCUAUGAAGAAGGGGCAGCAGCCAGAGAUGGAAGACUUUGGGCUGGUGACCAGAUAUUAGAGGUUAAUGGGGUUGACCUGAGGAACUCCAGCCACGAAGAAGCCAUCACAGCCCUGAGGCAGACCCCCCAGAAGGUGCGGCUGGUGGUGUAUAGAGAUGAGGCACACUACCGGGAUGAGGAGAACUUGGAGAUUUUCCCUGUGGAUCUGCAGAAGAAAGCUGGCCGGGGCCUGGGCCUGAGCAUCGUUGGGAAACGAAAUGGAAGCGGAGUGUUUAUUUCUGACAUCGUGAAAGGCGGAGCCGCAGACCUGGAUGGGAGAUUGAUUCAGGGAGAUCAGAUCUUAUCUGUGAAUGGGGAGGACAUGAGAAAUGCCUCACAGGAGACAGUGGCCACCAUCCUCAAGUGUGCACAGGGACUUGUGCAGCUAGAGAUUGGAAGACUCCGAGCUGGUUCCUGGACCUCCGCAAGGAAGACAUCACAGAACAGUCAGGGUAGUCAGCAGAGUGCACACAGCAGCUGUCAUCCCUCCUUCGCUCCUGUCAUCACUGGCCUGCAAAACCUGGUUGGCACAAAAAGAGUUUCAGAUCCUUCCCAGAAAAAUUCAGGCACAGAUGUGGAACCAAGGACUGUUGAGAUAAACAGGGAGCUCAGUGAUGCCCUUGGAAUCAGUAUUGCUGGAGGAAGAGGAAGUCCCUUAGGAGAUAUCCCUGUAUUUAUUGCCAUGAUUCAGGCUAGCGGAGUGGCCGCACGGACACAGAAGCUUAAAGUUGGAGAUCGGAUUGUCAGCAUUAACGGGCAACCUUUGGAUGGGCUGUCUCACGCGGACGUGGUUAAUCUGCUGAAGAACGCCUACGGGCACAUUAUCCUGCAGGUUGUAGCAGAUACCAAUAUAAGCGCUAUAGCAGCUCAGCUUGAAAACAUGUCUACAGGCUACCACCUCGGUUCGCCCACUGCUGAACACCAUCCAGAAGACACAGAAACACCUCCACCUAAGAUUAUUACUUUGGAGAAAGGCUCUGAAGGAUUGGGGUUUAGUAUUGUAGGGGGUUAUGGAAGUCCCCAUGGAGACCUGCCAAUUUAUGUCAAGACUAUAUUUGCAAAGGGAGCAGCUGCAGACGAUGGCCGAUUAAAACGAGGGGAUCAGAUUUUAGCUGUUAAUGGCGAGACCCUGGAAGGUGUUACUCAUGAGCAAGCAGUCGCCAUUCUAAAACACCAGAGAGGGACUGUAACCUUAACUGUGCUGUCAUGAGCCUCGGGCCUGAUCACAAGAUAGAUGAUGUUGUUUAGAAUAUCCACAGGCAGAUGAAGUUCUGAGUGGGUAUGAAAAGCACCCUCAACUAAAAUGCACCUUCAUUCUUAUUUCUUGUCCUCUCUGCUCAGGAGAAAUGGCUGAGGUUUCAUGUGAAUUUCCCAAAUCAACAAUCAUCUCCUAAUGUUUCCCAGUUCCUGUCACCUGUUGGUGAGGUUGAUUUCUAAAACUUAAAUGAGUCUACCUGUUUUGCAUUUAAUUUCAGUGUUCUGAUUUCUUUUUUUUUUUUUUUUUUUUGAGACAGAGUCUCACUCUGUCACCCAGACUGGAGUGCAAUGGCGCAAUCUUGGCUCACUGCAACCUCGGCCUCCCAGGUUGGAGCGAUUCUCCUGCCUCAGCCUCCCGAGUAGCUGGGAUUACAGGCAUGCGUCACCACACUGGGUUUAUUUUUGUUUUUCUGGUAGAGAUGGAGUUUCCCCAUGUGGGCCAGGCUGGUCUUGAACUUCUGACCUCAGGUGAUCUGCCUGCCUUGGCCUCCCAAAGUGCUGGGAUUCCAGGUGUGAGCCACUGCGCCCAGCCCAGUAUUCUGAUUUUAAUCAACUGGUUCUGAUUAUAUUUACCAAAACUGGAGUUAACUUCUCUUUCCUUAUACUCUUCUCUCCCUAUCCCCUACUCACACCGAGGUUUAACAGCAACCUCAGAUCUCAUCCAAUGGACAGAAACAAUGUUAAGCAACUUGUCAUCUCACUCAUGAUUUACUUAUGCUAAUUGUCUCUUCAAGUAAGCAAGAAAACAUUAGCAGUGUAAUUAAUUUACCAGUGAUCCCCAAGAUGAAAUACCAGAUUCUCCUAUGGGAAAUUACUGUGCUGUCUUCUGUAUGACUUAUGGUCAAAUAAAUCUCAAAUUCAUUUCUCUGGAUAGAUCUUUAUAUGCUAGUCAUUGGUGAUUUUGAUGAGUCAAUUUACAGACUGUAAUCUUCUAAAAAUUCUGAAAGACUAAUUGUUUUCUGUGCCAUAUAAAUGCAUACCACUGAGCAAAUGAACCUUAUUCUCAACAGGAACAACUAGCAUACAUGUUCUGAAUUCUAACAGUGCUAAAUUACAUUCAAGUCCAGGAAGAUCACCUGGAAUUAAUGGCAUUUCAGUCGGCAGGCAUCAUUCCCACCCCUCGGUCUUAGGAAGGAGGUAGAAGCCCCAGAACCACACUGCAGAGAUCAGCAAGUUUUGUCUCAAGUCAGACAAGGUGUAGGUGGCCUUGGCCUUGGCCUUGUGCAAAGUGGGUGACAUAUUUGAUUAUAUUUCCCUUUACCUCCAUAGCAGUCAGGCCAGCAGCAUGGACUGCAAGAACCUAAUGGAGCAACAUACUUAGCUGCAAAGUGAGCAAAUGAAUUGAGCCUAGGAAUCUGUGAUGAAAAUGCAUGGCUGAUGUUUCCUGAUCUCCAAGGAGACUCCCAUUUGCUGAAGUUUUGCAUGCUAAGAAAUCAACUACAGCAGAAAAUACAAGAAUACCUUUAAGUUGAUUAUUGGCAAUCUUAUUCAUAUAUUAGCAAGAAAAAGGGAGAGAUGCUUACUGGUGGAUGCUAUAGAGUCCUCUGUUUUUAAAAGUACCAUGGCCAGGUGCAGUGGCUCAUGCCUGUAAUCCCAGCACUUUGGGAGGCCAGGGCAGGCGAAUCACGAGGUCAGGAGUUCGAGACCAGCCUGGCCAAUAUGGUGAAACCCUGUCUCUACUAAAAAUACAAAAAUUAGCUGGGUGCAGUGGCAGGCGCCUAUAAUCCCAGCUACUCAGGAGGUUGAAGCAGGAAAAUUGCUUGAACCUGGGAGGUGGAGGUUGCAGUGAGCCAAGUUCCUGCCACUCCACUCCAGCCUGGGUGACAGAGCAAGACUCUGUCUCGAAAAAGAAAAAAACCAUGAAGGAUGAGUACUAGAGUCAGUAAUAGAAGUAGUUCAGCACUAUUUAACUACAACACAAUGCUGCAAAUAUUUCACAGUAAUUAUCAAAAUUUAAUGGGCUCUAAUUUAAAAUGUUAUUUAAUAAGUAUAGAUUUUAAUUGAGAAUUAUCUUUGAGUAGAUGUAAUCACAAAGUGCAUUAACUCUUGUUGGAAUAUUUUAUGGCUAUUCCAAAGUAUAGAGUGCCUAAAUUUUGUGUUGAAAAUGUCUUUCAUGACGGUAUUAAGUUUUCUGAAAUUACACAUGGCUUUUAAAAUUUCUAAUGUAUCCAAGAUGUGCAAUGUUGUUAGGAUCUCAUUCUUCAGUGCAUGAAAAGCUACUACCCUCAGAACAUUUUGUGUUAAUUGUACCUGCAAGAACACCUCAGGCAAGCCAAGAAGAAAUGAAACCCAAAUAAAACUUGAAAAUGCACCUUAAAAAUAUAUAUACAUAUAAUAGUUUUGAAAUGGGAUUCUGCUUUAUUUUGAUGGAAUGGCCAUUAAAUACACAUUUUGAGAUAAUA